AUGGCCAGCGCACAUGGCCAAUGGGGCUCACUCGCUGCGGUCUCGGCCCGGCCAGAAGAGGGGGUCGUCGUCAACGUCCCCGUGGCGGAAUCUCUACCCCCUGGCCGCGGCACAUUUGCCUGUAUUCCCGGAAUCCAAGAAAUCAUUCUCAGCCCUGGCUGGACUUGGCCGAGCCCUGAGUCGUGCGCUCCUGUCAGGGGAAAGAGAAACAAAAAAGGGGAUUGGAUGUUGACU